AUGAAGACAUUAUGCUUGGCUCUGAUAUGUCAAUGUUUCGUCACUUUUACAUUGGAACAAAGCUUCGAGAUUUUGAGGCGAAGCAAUGGCAGAGACUCGUUUGAUAUUCCAUCUUCAGUGUGUAAUCCAAAAGGCCCAAAUCCAGCCGUCAGAUGCAAAACAUUGGGUGCUUUUAACCGGAGACGCAAAAAAUGCUCCUGUUUGUGUCCUGGCAGGAAUGCCACAUUUAUGUUUCACCAAAAAAAAUGGUCUUGUCUCCCAAAUGCACAAGGCAGAAGCCACUACUACCGGGGAUGCAGUUAUACAGCAGCAUUUACCCGGGAGAGUGGAGACCGCCGAAUACCAUCAAUAGGAAUUGGCGAAAGGAGAGACAUGACUCUUCGGCCUGUAUUUGGAUUCUGGUCGCUUUGGACCUGCUCAUUGAAUAUUCCCAUGUCGUGGUUUGCGGAUUGUUGGGAUACAAGACACCGGUUGAGUCAAUAUUCCAAUAUUGUAACGAAACUGUUCAAAAUUGGCCAGCAAAAACCCGCGAAUCCUUAUUAUUUAAGGGUAAAUAGAAAUGUGCCAGGUACCAACCUUUUCCAAGGAAAGAUCAUGAACUUCAUGGUAGAGUGUACCUUGCAGAUUGGACGCUCACUUCUACGAACACGGAGCUGUAUGUUGUUCAAACUGGAAGGAAAGACCACAUGUCCCGUAAUUAAACCAGUUAUAACAAGUUCCUCCAGCAUGCCAUCGUUAACAUCUUCUCCAGCAUCGCUUACUUCGUCAAACGGCCUCUCUUCCACAGUUACGGCUUCCACACAGAUCUCUCACGGAGUUACACCGACAACUAUCGCCGUCCAAUCUAGCAUAUCCGGAACUUCGCUCUUCCCAACAGCAUCCGCUACCUACAGAAUUAUCUCUGAAAGUUCAUUGAAGGCUUCGACUCUACAACCGACCAUCUCUAAAAUCCACCCACAAGUCUCCAAUUCAAAUUUACACGUUUCUGCAAUGUCACCGACACCAUCUCUUUCACAAUCGAUCGCCUCUGAAGCUUCUCCGGAAGUCCCCGAAACUCAGCCGACCAUGUCCGAAAUUGCACCGGCGCCACUUGAUACCCGAGAAAGAUCUGUAACAGAACCAGACUUUGAGGGGCCCAGUACCCAAGUGACCAUCAAAACUAUAUCAGCAUCAGCAUCAGCAUCAGCAUCAGUACCAGACACUCAGCCGACUGUCGCCAAAAUUGUACCCACGGAGCCUACAGCUCCAGUGACAGAUCCAGAAACUGCACGGAAACUAGACCAAGUGGAUCCAAAUAACAACAAUACUGCACAAAAAACCUUCCCCUCCAAAGCUCCACCCUCUAUCGGAAGCAAGGAUUUAUCUUCCUCAGUUUUCAUCACUGGCAUAGCCGCUGCACUUGUAUUUGCUGCCGUCAUCGCUGUCAUCAUUGCCUAUCGUCGCCACUACUCGAAUGGAAGGCGUCGCUCAAACUCUACAGAGACUGUCAGUGAUAGGACAACGGAAACAAUAGUGAUGAGCCCGCGAAGGAAAAGGUCACACCCAUCAGAUAAAGAUAACAGCAACAACAAUACGCUUGGAUUUAAAAACCAAACGCAACGGACGUCGACAAACAGUGUUCCAGCAUGGCUAACCGACCUGUAUCAAUCUCAUGUAAACGGUUCACUUGAGGAAGAAGACAGCACCAGCCAUUUGUACGCCCCGCUUGACAUUCCAACAAUCGCGGCUGAAUUUCAUCCAGAACCUUUUUAUCACGUUUUAGAAAAACCUGAGAAACCUCUUGACCAUGCCUCAGAAAAAAAUAGACAUGAUGCCAGUACACACUGCAACAAGAGAGAGCCAUUUUACUAUGUCCUAGAGGGACCUUAUCUCGAUGAUACAGAGAAACCUCCUCAGCGUGGUACCAUUUCAUUAGAGGAACCAAUUUACUGUACCUUAGACGAAGUCUAUCCACGUCGGUCCGGUUCGUCACAUGGCACGGGCAAAAAUGAUUCAAUAUACAACGUUUUGGAUAGGCGUUAUUUUAAGAGCUCAAAAGUGCCUGAUCAUUAUGUGUUCGUGUCCCCUAGAGGUGAUAUUUUGAACCGGUUAGAGACACUUCCUAAGGACGCUUCCUCAACUCCUUCUAAUGAUGGCCCUAGAUGUGACUACAUGGAGAGGCACAAGGUCCUGGACAAACGCUUCUUUGAAGAAUCUGAGGUCGCUGAUCAUUACGUACAAAUUUUCCCUUUCACACUUGAUAACACGAUAAGGCGUAUCAAUUCUAAUUCUUCAAGAAAAUCAAGUUUAGGUCGUCUGUCUACCAACGGACAUUUAGAGGAAUGCUAUUUUCGAAGGUCAAACAUUCCGUCUCAGUAUGUCAACGUGCUGGAUGUACAGGGUUUUAGCGCUUUGGAGAAAUUAGGCUCAAGUCCAAAUUCUUUAAGAAGAAAUUCUUACGUUCAUUCAACUCCCAAUUCUUUGGAAAGACUUGACUGUGCCCUAAAAGGUUCAGAUGAACCGGAGUACAGUUCCUGGAGAGAACUUUAUCUUAGGGGCAACGUGGUUCUGAGCGAACGAGGUCCAAGCGCUUUGGAGGAAUUAAACUCAAAUCCAAAUUCUUUACGAAAAACCGCUUGCCCCCAUUCAUCUCUGAAUUCUUUGGAGAGACUUGAUUGUGCCCUUAAAAGCCCAGAUGAACCAGACUACUGUCUUAUGAUGGAAAAUUAUCUCAAGGGAAACGUAGCCCUGAGCAGGCAAGGUUUUAGUGCAUUGGAAGAACUAAGGUCAAAUCCAAACAGUUUAGGGAGAAUCUCUUUCGUUCAUUCAAAUACAAACUCUUUGGAGAGACUUGGAUACGCACUUGAAUGUCCAGAUGAACCAGAUUACUGUCCUAUGAUGGAAAACUAUUCAAGGGCCAAAGUAGCGCUAACUGGACAGGGUUUCAGCGCAUUGGAAGAACUAAGCUCAAAACAAAGUUCUCUUAAAAGAACCAUUUGCAUUCAAUCAAAUCCAAACUCUCUGGAGAGACUUGAUUCUGCCCUCGGAAGUCUAAGCGAACCAGAGUACCGUUUCAUGGGUGAACGUUAUCUUAGGAGCAAGAAAGCGCCGAAUAGACAAGAUUCUGGCGCAUUGGGGGAACUAAGUUCAAAUCCAAGUUCUUUAAGAAGACCCAAAUGCGUUCAUUCAGAUCCGAAUUCUUUGCAUAGAGCUGAUCCUGCCCUUAAUUAUACAAAUGAACCAAAUAACGGUUCUUCGAUGGAUUGUUACCCAGGGGACAACGCAACGCUGAACGAAGGAGGUCCUAGCGUAUUGGAGAAAUUAACCUCAAAUCCAAAUUCUUUGAGACGACUCGUUGAAUUUCCAAAUAAACCAAAUUACAACUCUUCGAUGGAACGUUAUUUAAGUGAAAACGCACCGCUGAAAAGAGGAGGGUCUAGCGCAUUAGAGGAUUUAAUAAGCUCAAACCCGAAUUCUUUGGGUCGAACUGACCGCGUUCAUUCAAAACGAAAUUCUUUGGAGAGAUCCGAUUAUGUCCUUGAAUCUCCAGAUGAACCAGAAUAUAAAUCCUGGAUGGAACUUAAAAUGUAUUUAAGGGGCAACAUAGCGUUAAGAGAACAAGUUUCAAGCGCGUUGGAGGAAUUACAUGUAAAUCCAAACUCUUUGGAAAACAACGAUCAAAAUUCUUUAAAGGGACCUGAUCGCGCCCUCGAAUGUCCAAAUAAACCAGAAUGCAUUUCUGAUAUUUUUGUCACCAGAGGCGAGUCAGGCGACAGCACAGAAGAUGUGGACUUGAACGCCUUAAAACCAACUGAUAGUGAGGAAAGAAACUGUGCAAAUUGUUACCAGGGAAUCGCAUUUCGCAGAGGUGCUGUAAUGCGGAAAGAUAAUGCUAAAAAACGAUCUGAGGAGCCUACUGACUGAAUUCAAGACGGAAGUAAGGAGUGCUAAAGUGAAUGGCGCCUUAGCUGGAAACCCAAGGAAGCUGAUUGCAUCGAAAAAAUCGAGGCUGAGCACUGAGAAAUUGAAACAGUCUGUACUAUGGAUUCUAGAAGAAUCGGAUAAUCAUUCAUAUAACUGAACAGGCUGCUUCAAAACGGUUCGAAGAGUGGCUUGCUUAGGGCUCAGUGGCAAGUGAGUCAUUCUAGUAAACUAAGGUCGAAAGUUAAAAGUACCAAAGAGAGAAGCGUCUCAGCGAGAACUCUAUGGAAA